UCUUAUCUAUGAUUUUGAACCUGACUUGAACCUAACCUCAAACCGGUCUUCUAAACCCACCUGUUGAUUGACCCUCACUUUUUAAAUUAUUUGUUUUUGGUAUUUAUUCUUAGGCUUAUCAAGAUUUAUUCAAGAAGACUGUGCAAAAAAGUAAAGAAUAAUGGUGACCUUUAACGAUAAAUUAAAAGCCUUUUCAGUGGAAUUAUUUAAAGUGCAGGCAAUAAAAUUCGGCGAAUAUAAAACCAAAGUCGGUCUUAUGACACCAGUAUAUUGUGAUUUAAGAGUGAUUGUGAGUUAUCCUAAAUUAAUGGAAACGUUAGCAGGCCUGUUAAUUGAAUAUUUUGGAAAAAUUAAAAAUUUCGAUAUUAUUUGUGGGGUGCCUUACACGGCACUACCCAUCGCUACUGCCGUUUCUAUAAAAACUUCUGUGCCAAUGGUGAUGAGGCGCAAAGAAACUAAAGACUAUGGCACAAAAAAAUUAAUAGAAGGCGUAUAUAAGGAAGGAGACAACUGCUUAAUUGUGGAGGAUGUAGUGACGUCUGGAAGCAGCAUUUUAGAGACGGUGAAAGAUUUAAAAGGUGCCGGAAUUGAAUGCCGAGACGCCGUUGUACUUUUGAAUAGAGAACAAGGCGGUGCGAAUAUUCUAAAAGAGAACGGAAUAACGAUGCAUGCUUUGCUAAGCUUGACCGAGUUGAUGAGGUUUUUGAGGGAGGCUGACUGUAUCGACAAUAGUAUCGUUGAGAAAGUUAAAAAUUACUUAGCUAAUACCCAAGUGAAUCCAAGCGUUAUACAGAAAUCCCCAUCGAAAAAUAGACUGGAGCUGUCUUUUCUAGCACGGGCGAAACUGGCCAAAAAUCCGAUUGCCGAGGAACUCUUGCAACUUAUGGCCACGAAACAAACCACGCUAUGCGUAGCCUCGGACCUUACCAGUUCUACGGACAUCCUUAAUCUUGCCGAGCGGGUGGGGCCGCAUAUCUGUAUGUUAAAGACCCAUAUCGACAUCGUCGAAGACUUUCAUCCAAAUCUGAUAAAACCGCUCCAGGAAAUCGCCCAGAGACACAACUUUAUUCUGUUCGAGGACAGAAAAUUCGCCGAUAUCGGGAAAACGGUGGAAUUACAGUACAGCAAAGGGGUGUACAAAAUCUCAUCGUGGGCUAAGGUUGUAACGGCGCAUUCUAUAACUGGGAAAGGGGUGCUCGAUGCAAUUAAGGGAAGCGAGGGGUCUGAUAAACGAGGGGUGUUUCUUUUGGCACAGGUCAGCGCGUCGGGAAAUUUAAUCGAUGAAAGUUAUACUAAAGCAACCCUGAAGUUAGCCGAAGAAUACCCACGUUUAAUAACAGGUAUCGUGUGCCAAAGUCCUCUAGCUUUGGACAAUCCCGGACUCGUCCAGCUGACCCCUGGGGUGCAAUUGGAGGCGAAAGGUGAUAAUUUGGGGCAACAGUACAACUCCCCGAGCAGUGUGGUACUCGAGAGGGGUGCGGAUGUAGCUGUGGUGGGAAGGGGUGUAACGAAAGCUGCAGAUCCGGGAGCUGCAGCAGAAAAAUAUAAAAAGAUUCUGUGGGAUGCUUACAGCAAAAGGGUUAAUGGGAAUUGAAACUAUCCAAAAAUAAAAUUGUCAAUCUGAGCUAUUAUUCCUUUUUUUUAGAAUUUUUUGCUUCUAAAUGAU